AUGCCUCCGCCUCCCCCUCGCGUGCCCGACGGCUGGAAGGCCGAAUUCGAUGACCGAUAUCAGGAAUGGUAUUAUGUGAACCUCUUCACCGGUCGCUCGCAAUGGGAACGCCCGGACCGACCUGCCCAGCCCGAUGGCCAGGCUCCACCCCCCACGGGCCCCCCGCCCAGCUACGAGGCCGACUUCCAGGAUCGCCCGGGGCAGCCCCGAGACCCCCGGGAUCGACCGGAUAAUCGAUACUCUCCGCGCCCAUCGUCGCAGUCCAACUACCCCCCAACCCGCGAUCGGGCCUAUGGCUCCCCCCAGCCCCAAUAUGGGUACAUCAACAACAACCCCUAUCCCCCGCAAUACGGCUAUUCCAAUCAAUAUCCCAACCAGUAUUCCAACCAGUAUCCCAACCAAUACCCCAACCAAUAUCCCGCCCAGUACCAGAAUCCCUAUCCGCAACAACAACCACCGCCGCAGCAGAACCAGAAACACAAGAAAGGCAUGGGCAAGAUGGGGGCCGCCGCCCUGGGUGUCGGAGGUGGAUUGCUGGGAGGCUUCCUGCUGGGGGAGGGCAUCGAGGCGUUGGAGGACGAUUUUGCCGGGCCACCACCCCCCGGCCCGGAUUUUGACGACUUUGGCGGAGGGUUUGGUCCGUUCUGA